CCCGCAUUACAUUAUAUAUUCUUUUUAAUUUUCUUAUACUUAGUUAUAGUAAAAUACAUUUUUUAAUUCAGUUGUGUUUCAAACUCCGUUUCAAAAGUUGACUAAAAGAUAGUGAAUUAAUUAAACUAAUUUAAAAAUGAAAUAUCUUGUAUCGUAUUUGCUAAUUGGUCUGAUGUUCUGUGUUAGCUUAAAUAAAAGCCAGUUGCCAUAUCCGCCAGGUAUAAACGCCACAGUUUAUUACGAAACAGGCUGCCCUUAUGACAAAAGUUUUAUUGAACAACAGUUAAAUCCAAUAUUAGAGGGAAAUUUAUCGAACUUUGUUAAUUUACAAUUAUUAUCUUUCGACUCAAAGGUGCAGCCAUACAGUCAUGGUUGUUUGGGUCCGCGGAAUAGGCAUUGUUCAGGACAAAUUGACUACGCCGAUAAAUAUUUUACACCUAUCCCAACAGGAGUUAAUGACUGGUGCUUUAAAGAUAUGAUUUGCAUUCUAAGAGAAUUAAAAAAGCGGUUCGAAAAACAACCUAUUACUUCAAAAGAAGAGUUUUGCGAGCUUACUGAGCUAUUCUUUUUCUUUACACCAAAUUUGUGUUGGAAUCCUGGUAGUGAAUUACAUUUCCAAAAGCCAAACAAUUUAUUUGAAGAUGAUUCUUUGGACAAAAUAAAUCUUACAUCAACCUUAAAACCCGAGGAGAAAAAUGUUGCUAUAACUACGAUUAAUUGGGAAUCUAAAUCUGUAUGUAUGGAUAGAAUAAAGAAAUUGAAGGCGUCCAAAAACAAUCAGUCGAAAGCAGAAAAAUUGAAAGUGGAUGACAGCAGUGCAGGAACAAAUAUUGUAAUCAAUAUAAAUACGUUGCUGCUAGGUUUCUUUGUUUAUCUAAAUAUUCAAUUUUACUAUACAAAAGUUGAGUAGACAAACGUAAUUUAGUUUUACCGAUAGUUUUAACUAGUUAAGAAAUUUAAGAAAUACUAUCAUAAAACAUAUAUUAAAUAAAGAUACAUUUCAGUAUGUCAGUAUUUUAAUAAUUAAUAAAUUUUAUUUUAAACAA